UUAUUAGUUGGUGUUAUAGUGCCAAGGCUGGUAUUACCCUUCCCAUCUUAUCCUACUUAGGUCAUCAUGGAAAUAGCCAACAUUUCAUCAAACGCCAGUGGUGUGACGCGUCGUCAGAGGCGAUCAACGAGGUCCCUGGACUUUGCCAUGCCAUAUACAGUCGCCAGCGGGUCCUUCUCAUUCGUAGGAGCAAUAUAACAAAAAGUAUAACCAGCGCGGUGGUGUUCGGUAUAUGGCUGGUGUGUAUCAGCAUCGGGAUUGUAAGGUUCCAUAACAUCGUGAUCGUGAGAGAUGGUUAUUUGGCUCUAAUUGCGACACUAUUCGUCCUCACAAUCCUGGUACAACUCAUGAUAUACAUCAUCGCACGAAAUCAAGACCAAAGGAUACAACAAUUGAAUCGAUCCUUGGAACACAACCACCCACGUGAUGAUGAUGCCGGGCGGAAUGUCGCACAAUCACGUACAAGUCAUAACUCGAACAAAGCUGCCAAAACUAUUGGUUUAUUACUUGCAGUGUAUGUAGUAUCCUGGCUACCCGUCAAUGUAUACCGUUUACAAUACCGUUGGCUUGGAGGCGACCACGCUGUCUAUCACAAAUGGAUUAAAAUCAUUAAUCUGUUAAUUCAACUUCAUUCGUGCCUCAAUCCCUGGUUGUUCGUGGCGCGCUCCAAAGAUAUGAAGCUGGGCAUAGCUAAGUUUCUGCCAAAUCUGGGAAUUUGUUUGGCCAGUGGGCAACCUAGUAGCUCCGCCAACAACGUGAUUGCCAGUUACAUACGUAACGAUAACUCUGUUCGAGUCGACGGAAAGUUGAAUGGACAUGAAAAUAAUGCUUCUGGUGAUGAUGAUUCUAAAAAGGUGCAGAAGCUAAAGAAGGUGGAUGAAACUUACUCAAACAAUACAAGCAAUUCCAGCGGAGUUUCAAGUGGAAGUAUUGAUGAUAGGAAUGAUAGGAACGAAGAAGUUAAAAACGUGGAUGAAAUUGGCGAAAAGAGAAUCAAUUGUGCAAGCAAUCUUAACGGGCAUAAAGAUAGGAACAUCAAGGAACAAACUGUCAACUGUUCUGCACAGAGUCAGUCUGAGCCAAUCAAAAGCCAAGAUGUAACCAAGUUCAAAUUGGGAAAGGAAAACUUGCUGAUGGAUAAGGAUGAAAUUGAAGAGAACACAGGAAGUCCUGGAGGAAAUGAAGGAAACGAGAUAAAAGAUGUGAGAGGUGCUACUUGUGGAGAGAAAUAAACUGAUAACGCUUGAAGAAACGCUUCUUCCACCUCUUGAAAAUUUCAUGAUAAAUUGUGAACAGUUAACUUGCAUUUUAUAAUUUUUGAAACUUGAUUCGAAGACUUUAACACAGCGUAUAACUUAAUUAAAUAUUGAAAGGAUUUAAAAACAUUAGAACAGACUUUUUUUGUUUUAACCAUUGGCUUCAUUACAUAUUCUUUCUUUGUGUGAAUUGUGUGUAGAGUGGGGCAUAAGACGUCUAAAAAUACUUUGAUUGUUUCAUAUAUAUUUAGUGCGCUUUCCUUUUAGUGCGCUUUCCUUUAUACGGUUAAAACGGCCAGACCGGUCCUGUUGUAUUUCGGUACAGACAGAUCACUGCCACUGGUAUUUCGAGUGUUUCAAGAACCUUGCAUUCAAGUAUAUAUCGUUAUUUAUAUUUGUUUAGCACGGAAAAUGCAGUUUCACUGCAAUAUUCUUAACGAAAUACUCUGUUUCAAUUCAAUUCAAAAUAUGACCGGUCUGACCAUUUUGACCGUUAGAUUCAACAAACCUUUCAUGCAAUCGUAAAAUGAACAUUGCCAUGAUUGACGCAUCAUAUAAAUUUUUAUAUGAAAUUGAAGACCACGGGGGCGGACAAGGAGGUUUUGGUUUUAGCCCCUGUAUUUUUGGCAAUGAAAGCAAAGCCCUGUGUGAUUGAUCAUAGAUAAUGGAUUAUAUAGUGCUAAAAAUGAAAUAGGAAUAAAAUACAUGUUAUUUGAUAUAGUGUCGAGUUUAUAGUAAUUACCUGGUGAUAACAUAACUCGUAAGGUUGCUUUAUUGGUAUUUGAAAUA